UUGCAGUGUGUUUGACAGAGGGUUUAGGAACCAAAACUAGAGUGAAAAACCCACAUCCUUUCGAAGAAAUUCUCCAUUUCUCCUCCGCUUUUAUAAAAGCUUGAUAGAGAUGUUUCUGCGACGAUACGCAGCUAAUUUGCUUAGAAGAAUCGGUUUCCCCGCUCCAACUGCCUCCUCUGUUGGCCGAACAACCCGCUAUGUCUUCCCCGUUUCACUCUCCAGAGAAACAAAUUUUUCCUAUGAAUAUGCUUCUGGAGGUUAUACUUGGAGGAUGAACAAAAGGAACCCUUUUCUAUGGAUUGUUAUAUGUGCGCAUGCUGGAAUAAUUCUUGGGAUAAAUGCCAACCCUGUCUUAGCAAAAGAUAUGUCAACUGAAUCAAGUUCUGAAAAUGACACUGAAGGGGCUGACAUAAUCGGAUUACGAAAGGUUGAGGAUGGCUCUGUUAUAUCAAACAUACAUACAUCUAAGUGGAGAAUUUUUACAGAUAAUGGGAGGGAUUUUUUUUCGCAGGGAAAAGUGGGGGAGGCUGAAAAGUUAUUCCUUUCUGCGCUACAAGAAGCUAAAGAAGGUUUUGGGGAGAGGGAUCCGCAUGUUGCAUCUGCAUGCAACAAUCUGGCAGAGCUGUACAGAGUUAAGAAGGAAUUUGAUAAAGCUGAACCAUUGUAUUUGGAGGCCAUAAACAUACUGGAGGAAUCAUUUGGUGUUGAGGAUAUACGUGUGGGAGCUGCUUUGCGCAACCUUGGGCAGUUCUAUCUGAUGCAGAGGAAGCUGGAAGAAGCUCGUGUCUGCUAUGAGCGUGCUCUAAAGAUACAGGUGCGUGUUCUGGGACAUGGUCAUGUGGACAUUUCAGAUACUAUGUAUUAUCUUGGAAUGGUGCUCUAUAUGCAAGGAAAAGAGAAGGAUGCUGAGGUUCUGAUUCAGGAUUCCAUUAGGAUACUAGAGGAAGGUGGCCUAGGGGACUCUUCUAUAUGUGUCAAGAGAUUGCGAUAUCUUGCUCAGAUAUAUCUGAAGUCUAAUCGGCCUGCAGAGGCUGAGAAUGUCCAGAGAAAGAUCCUGCAUACAAUGGAAUUAUCAAAGGGAUGGAAUUCCUUGGACACUAUUAUUGCAGCUGAAGGUCUGGCCCUGACUCUACAGUCUACUGGGAACUUAAAGGAAGCACAAAGGCUUCUUGAAAGAUGUCUUGAUGCCAGGAAAACAUUACUUCCGGAAGAUCAUAUUCAGAUUGGUGCCAACAUGCUUCACAUUGCUAGGGUGAGAAUGCUUAAUUCUAACCAACUAAGGAAGGUGGAUAUUUCUGGAGCAAUUGCUGAGCUUGAAAAGGCAAAGGACCUUUUACACAAUUCCAUAAGGAUAGCUCGGCGGGUUUUAAAUAACUUCACUAAACAGAAAGGCAACUUGAAAAGUUACAGUGCACCUGGAGAAACAAGGAUGGAAGGCCAUGCAGCAUUAAUCAUACUGAUGCAAUCACUUGAUGCUCUUGGGCUUCUAGAGAUUAACAAGCAAGAGUUACAAGAGUUACAGGAGCAUUUACCUGUUGCUGAAGCCGAAAAUGCACUUUUCCAAUGCAUUUCUGCUUACAAAGAGUUUGAAACUGAGAGGUCUAUUUCUGACUCUCCUGCUGUAAAGGCCGAGUAUCUUUCAUGUUUGAAGCAUCUUUUAAGCUUGAUAAGUGAUACUGACAGGACACAAAGUUUUGAAGGAGCAACUUUAAAGGAGCUGGAAGAUGAAAUCAAGCGUCUGGAAUCUGAACUUCACCAUAGGAAACGCAAAAACUAAGCUGGAAAUUUUUACUCAUGGGAAACGUAGCUCAUUUCCUAAUUUUUUGUAGAGGGUGCUUUUUGUUUUUGGUUUGAAAAAGUGUUUUGAUGUGACAUAAAGGUGAAAGUAGUUUUAAGUUUAAAAUGUUCUGAUUUGAUAUAAAAGUGAAAGUAGUUUAGAGUAUUUUGUUUUU